AUGAACGAAGAAUCAGCUCAAGCAGUGUAUGCUUAUUUAAUUAAAAAUGGACUUAAGAAAACAGCAAAGUCCUUUUUAAAAGAAAAGAAAAUUGAAAUUAAAGGCGAGACAUCUAUUGACAUUGACACAUUAAUUGAAGAAAAAAUGAACCAACUUCAGAAAGAAAAGAAACAAGAAGUUUGUAAAGAAGAUAAUAAUGAAAAGGUAAUUAAAGAACCAAAAACAGAAGAAAAAAAAGAAAAGAAGUCUAAAAAGAAAGAAGCCAAAAUAGUUGAGAAGGAAAAAGAAGAAAUUGAGAAAGAAGAAGUUAGUAUUAAAGAAACUAAAGAAGAAGAAACUAAAGAAGAUAAAAAAGCUAUCAAAAAACCAAAAGAUGAAAAUGUUGAGAAGAAAGAGAAAAAAGAAGCUAAGAAAGAAGAAGGACAUAAAAAGUUAAGUAAAGAAGAGAAAAAAGCUCUUAAGAAACAAAAAAAAGCUAAAAAAGAAGCAAAAAAACAAGUUGAUGAAGAGAAUGAAGAAAAAGAGGUUGAAUCAAAACCACAAACAAGUGAAGUUCAAAUGAAAAGUUUAGAGAAAAAAGUAAAGAAACAAACAAAUAAUGGUUGGAAAGGUGGUAAGUUUGGAGACUACAGUUGUAAUGGAGAAAAGAUUGAUAGAAAUAAUGUGGAAAGAAAAGCUGCUGCUGCAUAUGGAGAUGUAGAGAAGAUUCCUAACGCUGCACGUACUCUCCAUGAAACUAAAGGAAAAGGAUUUCAAAAGUCCAAAACUAAAUUAAAAAGAACAGACUUUAAAGGUAAGAUUGAUCCAUAUGCUGUUCAAUCCAUCAAAUUUGAUGACUGA